AUGGUGAACAACACUGAUUUUCUGAUGUUGAACAAUCCCUGGAAUAAACUCUGCUUGGUUUCCAUGGAUUUCUGUUUCCCUUUAGAUUUUGUUAGUAAUUUAUUUUGGAUUUUUGCAUCCAAGUUCAUAAUUGUAACUGGACAAAUAAAGGCAUAUUUUAAAAGGACAAGUUGGGAGCCUAAGGCGGAAGGAUCACUUGAGCCUGGGAGAUUGAGGCUGCAGCUAGCCUCGAUUGCUCCACUGUACUCCAGCCUGGUGACAGCAGGACCUGCCUCUAAAAUAAUAAUACAUAAAAGGAAGAGUUUACCUACAGUCUCACCAAGCAAUGAAAGAGUUUAUCUUUUUCCUGUUUCCUUUACGGAUCUUGCUCAUGUAUUUUAUCUUAGUUACUUUAGCAUAAGUGCUAAAUCAAAUUCUUUUUCACUAGACAUCAUCAUAGCUCUAGGCAUACCACAUAAUACCCAAGCACAUUUUAAUCAUUAA